AUGGCAAGUUUGUCACAGCUGUACGCUGAUUUGAAUAAAUUCAAUCAAAGCCAGGAAUAUGAGAGGGCCAUCAAAGUCACCAAUAAAAUUAUCACUGAGCACAGUGGAGAGUCAGUGGCUCUUCAUUCUAAAGUGAUCUGCCUUAUUCACCUAGGACGUUUUGAUGAAGCCCUCAUAGCCAUGAAGAAAUACCCAAAUCUCUCAAAGGGCCUUAAUUUUGAAAAAGCUUAUUGUGAAUAUCGCCUUAACAAAACUAAUGAGGCCCUCAAAACAUUGCGUGAAGUUGAAAAACCUGAUUAUCAAACUCAGGAACUUCUAGCACAGGUGUUGUAUCGCUUAGAACAGUAUGAUGAAUGCUACAAAUUGUAUAAACAACUCAUCAAAAACUCUGAGGAUGAUUUUGAUGAAGAGAGACAGACAAAUCUUGCAGCUGUACUUAGCUCCUUGCAAAUGUGGACAGAGAAUGAUAUGGAAGAUCCUGGUCUUAACGAUCUGUCUUAUGAACUUUGCUAUAAUAAAGCUUGUUUGUUAAUUGGUAAGAAGCAGUACAAAGAAGCUGAAGAGAAAUUACGUAAAGCUGAAGUUCUUUGCCGCAAAAGCUUUGAGGAUGAUCCUGAUGUUACUGAAGAAGAUAUAAGUGAAGAAGUUGCAUUAUUAAAAACUCAGUUGGCUUAUGCAUUACAAGUUCAGGGCCGUCCUGAAGAAGCCUUACAAUUUUAUAACCAAGUACUGAAAACAAAACCUUCAGAUGUUGGAGUUAUUGCUGUAGCAUCAAACAAUAUUGUGACUUUGAAUAAGGAACAAAAUGUAUUUGAUUCAAAGAAGAAGAUCAAAAUAGCAACAUCAGGCAGUGUCCAUCAGAAAUUGACAUCUAUUCAACAGAAUAAAAUUAAAGUUAACCAGGGUUUAUUGUACAUGUAUACAAACCAGGGUGACCAAGUUCGCAACGUUAUCAAGGAGCUGAAAGAUAAAUAUGAGGACAAAGAAUCAGCAGUACUGAUUGAAGCUGCACAAAACAUACGUGACAAACAAGUUUCCAGAGCCAUUGAUAUACUCAAAGAUUACACCAAUGACAAAGGUGAUGAUAGAGUUAAGUUAACCCUAGCACAACUUUAUCUUGGUCAAGGUAGUGUCUUUCAAGCUUGUGAUGUUCUUAAGUCAAUGGGAGUUAUCCAGUAUACACCAGGAGUGGUGUCAGCCUUGGUUACAUUAUAUAUGAGUCAGGAAGAUUAUCAAUCAGCAAGCAAAGUGUUUGAUGAUGCAGUCAACUGGUGUAAGACAAAGCCAAAAAGUGAUGACCUCAUGAUAUUGAUGAGAGCUAAUGCCAACUUUCACAUGAAACAUGGUGAUCCCAAGCAGGCAGCUUUUCUUCUUGAACAGAUUUCUCAAAAUAAUCCUAAAGAUUCACAUAUAUUGGCUCAGUUAUUUUCUGCCUAUUCUCUGUUUGAUCCACAAAAAGCUCAACAAAUGAGUCGACAGUUGCCAUCAGUUGAUGAAAUAAUUUCUGGUGUUGAUGUGGAUGAUUUGGAAAAAGCAUUUGGAACUAUGGGUCCAAAAUAUCUGAAAAAGUUACAAAAACCAGAGCCUUCACCUGCAACUGAUGGAAUUAGGCUUAUACAGAUGAAAAAAAAGAAGAAAAAGAAGAAAACCAAGUUUCCUAAAAACUAUGAUCCAAAUGUUACACCUGACCCUGAACGAUGGUUACCUCGAAGAGAAAGAUCUUACUACAGAGGAAAGCGUAAGGACAAAAAUAAAAAUAUUGGUAAAGGAACUCAAGGUGCCACUACUCCUUCUGGAGACAUUGAUGCCAGCAAGCAAUGUACACCAGGCAGCGGAGCUAGUUCUCCUCGACCAGCUGCCAAUCCAACCAAGCCUUCUCCACAGCCUUUAAACCGACAACAGUCGCAAGCAUCUGGAGGAGGACGUAAUAAUAACAAUAAUAAUAAGAAAAAGAAAAAGAGCAAGCGGUAA